GUGAGGAUAGCAAGAUCAUUGAGAAAUGCGAUGCUUGGUGAGAUGAUUCGUCACUCUUGCUGCCUGUGACAGUCUGCUCUGCUCAGACUCUCCUGUGGUUACUGGACUGUUGCACUGACAAGUAGAGUCGAAAAGCAUUGCUCCUUUUCGCAGAUCUUUCGCGACUCGAAGACAUAUUGAAGAACAUACAGCAGUUCGUGGACCGAACAUCUAGCAAUGACGUCGAGCAGGACACCCUCGAUGUUGCUGGCUGUCCACUGCAAAAAGACAGAUGGUUUGGAUCUGAAGACUCCCAUUUGGAACUACAUAGCAGCCACCUACUCCGAGCAACAGGCCAACGAUGCAGCGGACGACCUUGCCACAGUGCAGCAGCUGCGCAGCGAGAUCGUCGGGCUGACUGGAUCCCUGCCACAACUGCAUGAGACCAUUUGCAAGUACUAUCGUGCACUCUGCCUAAUGGAGACGAGAUUCCCCAUCAGCAGGGACGCAGGCCAUAUCCGGCUCAGCUUCGUCUGGUAUGACGCCUUCCGCCACACCAAGAAGACCGACCAGUGCAGCAUCCACUUCGAAAAGGCCGCUGUGCUGUUCAACCUGGCAGCAGUGCUCACCCAGCAGGCGCUCAAUGCUGACCGCUCCACUGACACCGGCCGCAAGGAGGCCGCCAAGUUCUUCCAGGAAGCCGCAGGAAGCUUCGCGGAGCUGCGCGACGUGGUGUCCCUGCGCGUGGAGGCCCCGCGGCCGGUGGAUGUCAGCCCCGAGGCGGCCAACAUGCUGGAGAAGCUGUGCCUAGCGCAGGCGCAGGAGGUCACCUACGAGAAGUUCCGCGCCGACGCCAAGAGCCCCGGCAUCCUCGCCAGGCUGACGCGCCAGGUCAGCGUGUACUACGAUGAGGUGGCGCGGGCGCUGGCGGUCUACCCGCUGAGUCAGCACUUCGACCGUUCCUGGACUGCGCACGUGGCAGUCAAGGCGGCGCUGUACGACGCUGAAUCCCAGAUGCAGGCGGCGCAGCAGCAGCGCGCUGAGGACAAUGUUAAUGUGGAGAUCACGCGCCUCAAGGAGGCCCAGAAGGCGCUGGGCGAGGCGAAGAGGGACAUCAAGCAGACCAGCAAGGAGCUCAACCAGCAGCUGGCUGACAUGGAGGAGUCCCUGGCCACACAGCUGCGCAGGGCGGAGCGUGAGAAUUCAACGGUGUACCUGAUGCGCGUGCCGAACAUCGCCGAUCUGCCCCCGGUGCAGCCGCACUCCGUGGCCAAGUCGACGCUGCCGUCGCAGCUGGACGCGUCGGGCGAGCAGAUGUUCCGCGAGGUCAUCCCGGACGGCUCCGCCCGCGCGCUCAGCCGCUACACCGACAUGGUCGACGCCCUGAUCCGCGAUCAGAACGACAGGCUGGCGGCCGCAAGCGACGACGCGCGCGUGCGGCUGCGCGAACGGGACCUGCCCGACUGCCUGCAGGCGCUGGACGCUGGCACGGCUGCUGUGCUGCCGGAGGGGCUGCGCUCGGAGCUGGAGCAGCUGGAGGACAGCGGAGGCGUGCGCCACCUCAACGACCUGAAGGACCAGAUCCAGGGUCUGCGGCGCGUGGCGGUUGAGGAGCUGGGCAAGGUGGAGGCUGAGCUGCAGAGGGAGGCGCGAGAAGACGCAGUGCUGAGGGAACGCCACGGCGCCGCGUGGAACCGACCCUCCUCCGCCGCGCUCAACUCCACUCUCCUCGAAAAAGCGAACCUGGCGGCUGCGGGAGAGAGCGACGGGCGGCUGGAGGCGCGGCUGGCGCAGAACGCGAGCACAUUCUCAGCCCUCUCUCUUGACAACGCCGUCGCUGCCAUGCCCCGUCUGCAGGCCCCCAUGGUGAGCACGGGAUCAGAGGAGCCCGCGGCGAUAGUGACAAAGCUGCGGCAGGCGCUCGACGCAAUCAGCCGCCUCUCCUCAGAACGCGCCGCGCUCGAAGAAGCCCUCAAGGUGGAGAAGAACAAGGACAACAUCCUGCCGCGCAUCAUGGCCGUCUCUGGCUCCUACGACAAGCUGUUCGCCGAGGAGCUCAAGAAAUAUGACGCCCUCAAAGCUCAGGUGGAUGAGAAUCUGGCGAAGCAGGCGGCGGUAAUGGAGGUUAUCGACAGAGAGGCCGCUGCCUACAAGCAGGCAUUCGGCUACAACGAGUGGCGCGCAGCCUGCGAGACGGCGAGCGCUGAGGUUCGGCGGAGCAUGGGCGGCUACAAGGAGGUGCGGGACAACAUGAGCGAGGGGCUGCGCUUCUACAUGAGCUUGCAGGAGGCCAUCGCAGUCCUGGCGCAGCAGGCCGGUGACUACGCGCUGACUCGCUCCCUCCAGCGGUGCGCGCCCCUCUGGGGUCUUCAUGUAUAA